UGACCGGAUGUUGACACUCGCACAGCAGACGGAGCUGUGGGCCGCAGGACCGUCGGUGCUGUCGGUGGUUAUCCGCUUAUGUCAGAGGAGGGGAGGAGGGAGGGAGCGAGGGAGGGAAGGAAGGAGGGAGAGAGGGAAGGAGGGAGGGAGCAGCGUGAGGAGAGAUGGAGCGAGCGGAGGGCGCGUUCAUCUGCUCAGCAGCUCCGGACUGAAGGGACUACAGUUCGAGGAGUCGUCGGUUGACCGUGUUCUGUUAGAGGAGCUCCUCUGCACCUCCUGCCCCCCCUCCUCACCCCCCCACACACUGGGCUGGUUGAUGGGAAUCCCCGUCAUGUCGCGGUCCACGCAGCGUGUCGCACAGGACGCCAUUGGAGGACACAGCAGCUCCGUCUGAGGAUGUUGUGACAGAUCCACGGUCACACAGAGGGACCAGCCGCUGCUCCACAGGCCCACCAUGGCUCCGCUGACCCCUGCUCUGAUCCUCCUGGGCCUGGGCCUCUGCUUCCUCCAUUCUUUAAAUGCCCAAACCAUCACAGGCUCCUCCCCCUCUCCCUCCCCCUCCCUCCCCCCCCCCCCCCCCCCCCUCCUUGACCCGCCAACACAUUCUUCACCAACCAAGCGGUCCGCCGACAUCUGGCUCAGUGACGUCUCCGUCAGAGGUACAGUGGAGCAGGGGGGGUCACUGCCCCCGGUGACCUCUGACCCCACAGAGACAGCCACCAGGGGGACCAGGACUCAGAGGACCGUCCUCAGGCCGAGGACAGAGACGACUGGUGCAGCAGUGGGCCGGUCCUCGGUGAAGAACGGUCUCCCCUCAGAGGGUUCGACUCCAACUCCGCCCACUUCACGCUUCACACCUUUUCUCAUGGGUAAACCGGUGGAAACACGUGACCCGACGGAAGAACCCGACUCAGAGUCAGAGUCCGCUGACUCACAGGGUCUGGGCUCAGGUGGUACCCCGACAGGGUCGAGAGUCCGGGAUGAAAUGGCUCAGUAUGGACAGCAGGUGGAGACUGCGAGCCCCAGAGUGAAGACACCAGAGGACGGUCAGAGACUGAAGCCGACCCGGUCGGUUCUUACCGCGGCCCGUCAGACACUGACUACGGUUCAGUCUGAAACCAGAACCACUCUGGAACCUGGACCUGGACCUGGACCUGGAACGUCCACAGGUGAGCGGACAGACACCGGACCCCCCAUCGAAGUUCCCCCUCAGCAGGACUCUCCUGCGGGGACGACCAGCACCGCUGCAGAUCCACAGACGCAGCCACAGACACAACCCACGGCGGUGCCAGCCGCUGCCCCGAGCCACAGCAGUCCGGUCUCCGGCCCCCGGACACCACCCCCCCCCACCACCACAUCUACAGCCGGCGGGCCGAGCACCACGCCGAAGGUCGCGAACACAACCUCCGUGGCGUUAAACCGAGUCAGCAACGCCAAACAACCAGGACGGAACCCGGCGCCAACGACAGGCACCUCACCCUUUCUCAGCCCUGCUGUUGUCCCUGUCACCCCCGUGAGAUUGGAGCCCACCCAUCAGACUGGUUUCGCUCAAAGAAACCGUUCGAUUCUGCUGGGACACCCUCACCAGGCGCCCCGCUCCACCCCUGGUCCCGCCCCCUCUACCAGCCCCAGCCCAUUAUCCGAGGGUCAGUUCCUGACCUGGGACGACCUGAGGAGGACACUGGCCUUCGCCUGGGAGCUCCAUGUGUACGGGUCGGCCAGCCUCUUCCUGCUCCUGUGUGGCGGAGCUGCUCUCAGCCUCACUCUGCCCCCCGGCGUCAACUGUCCUCUCCGGAGCGCCGCUGUCCUCUCCAACGCUCUCCUGGUUCUGGCCGGAGGUCUGCGAGCAGCGUUUUUCUUCAUCGACCCGUACGGCAGCCGACAGCUGCUUCAGCGGCCGGCGGUCAUGAUCCUCUACAACCUGCCGCUGCACCUGCUGGUCUGGACACAGGCCGCCCUGGUGCAGUUGGCCUUGAAGGUGGCAGGGGUGCAUGUGUUGCCGUCAACCAUGGAGCGCCCCCCUCUGGUGGCCGUGCUGGCAGUGUUGCAGUGCACGCUGCUGUUGCCGGCGGACCUGCUGUCGUCGGCUCUGUCGGCCGUGGUGCCCGUCACCCUGCAGCUCCUGUCUCUGUGCUGGGGCCUGGCCGUCUGUCUGGGUUUUCUCUUCUACGUCUUUCCUCGCACGCGCUGCCCGUCUCUGCCGCAGCCGGGACUUUCUGAAGAGGACCGCAGGAAGACCGGCUCCGGCGGCAGGAGGAUCGGCAUUAUCUUCGGCAGAGUCCUGGCCGUCUGUGCCCUGUUAGGGACACUGUGCUGUGGGCUGCACCUCUACGCCACCUUGUGGCUGUAUGGACUGCUGGGAGACUGGACCCGCUUCAGCUGGGCAUGGUGGUUGGUCCAUUUCUGGGCCAGGCUUCUGGAAGUUUCAUGGGGGUUUUCACUUCUCCUACUGGGUUCCUGGUUGUUCUGGAGGCCUCAGGGGAGUCGGGAGGGGGAGGAGGGGGCAGCAGAGGGCAGAGCAGCAGGGGAACCGCCCCGGCCCGGCUGCCUGGGUUUUCUCUUCUCCGGCUUUCCCCGCGCGCCCUGCCCGUCUCUGCCGCAGCCGGGACUUUCUGAAGAGGACCGCAGGAAGACCGGCUCCGGCGGCAGGAGGAUCGGCAUUAUCUUCGGCAGAGUCCUGGCCGUCUGUGCCCUGUUAGGGACACUGUGCUGUGGGCUGCACCUCUACGCCACCUUGUGGCUGUAUGGACUGCUGGGAGACUGGACCCGCUUCAGCUGGGCAUGGUGGUUGGUCCAUUUCUGGGCCAGGCUUCUGGAAGUUUCAUGGGGGUUUUCACUUCUCCUACUGGGUUCCUGGUUGUUCUGGAGGCCUCAGGGGCGUCAGGCGGGGGAGGAGGGGGCAGCAGAGGGCAGAGCAGCAGGAGAACCGCCCUGUCCUGGGCAGUCGGUAGGGUCCAGUCAAAGACACACCUGCUGGUCCAAGAUAGUCCAGAGCCUGAAGGGGAAGCCCUUCGGUAAGUCUGACAGUAAUGGUGUCGUGGGAGGAGGAGGGGGAGGAGGGGGAGGAGGGGGAGGAGCAGUGGAGCUGCCCAAUAACUGGGCUGGUCAGGAACGUCCAGGAGCUGAUAUCAGUAAAAGUCUGAUCAGGAACCAGAACCCGGAGCAGGUUCCUGUCCAGUCACGUUUUGUAAAAGACAGUAACGCAGGUGGAGCCCAGAGGGGGCAGUCUUCAGAGGGGGGCUUCCCUGGGGGCUCCACAGGAACCCUGCUGAGGCUGCAGACAGUGGGCCCCCCACCUCAGCGGUCCAUGAGCGGCAGUCUGGAUCUGGACAAAGACACCUCGCUGUCCUUCUGUGACUUUGACCUUCGCCCCCCCUCUCCUAUUGACCUGACCCGCAGCAUCGACGAGGCGCUGCACAGAGAACAUCUGUUUGAGGUGGGCAGCCUGUUUCAUCCCGUGGACCACACGUCACGAUCCCCCUCCCCGGGCUCCAGGCUGGGCCAGGGGCCUUGGCUGCGCAGGAACAGCGAUCCUCAGCUGUCUGAGAGCAGUGACGCCCCGACGGACUCCUCCCUGCCACUAGGAGGCAGUGUGCUCAGUAGUGUACCCAGCAGGCAGGUGACAGCUCCCCCUACACCGUCUCAUCAGACCCACAAAUGGGCUGGGAAUGGGGGGGCGAGCGUUCCCUCCUCAGUCUCCUGCCCCGUCUCCUUCCGACCUCUAAGAACUUCUUCAGAACAUCUGGAAGAGGAAGGAGUGGACGACACGCGUCCGUUCAUCACGCCAGACUCGGAGAGGGGUCGCGGCAGAGGUGGGAGGUCAGCAGGGUCACGUAGUUACCUGGAGGUCAGUCGGCAUGACGAAUCCGCCAGCGUUAGCAGUGACAUCAUUGACCUGUGAAUCAAAAUGUGGACGUGGGGACCAAUGGCUGCACGUGGACGGAGGAGGGUCCUGAGAUCGACGCCCAGAAAAAACACACACUCUGACGUGAACCCACGUCCAAAAACACCAACAUCUUUGGUCCAAGUGAGACCAGAACCAGCUGAGACCAGUUCUUCCACCAGAACCUGUCACUGACUUUUCAGUCCGACGUCAAGGAUUCAGAGUCAGAGGAAUUUGAGAUGAUGUCACUUUUUGAUAACAGGACAAACCGAGGUUGGACACAGUGUCAGGUCCUGAUGUUAAAGUCGUGUUUUUUUCCGUAAGAACUUGAUCCCGAUCCCGUCUCGUAAGAAGUUCUCAGAUUCUCCGCACCAUCAGUUCUUUUUUUCGUGUCUGUAUCUUUGCUUCUUUGACCUCGUUUCAGUUCGAAGACUUUAGGACAAAGACGUUGAGUUCACUGCUGCUGACGAACCAAUCAGGGAAGUGUGCGUGUUCUGUUCACACACACACACACACAGGAUCUGCUUUUCUGUAUCGACUCACUUUGACUGACGUUCAGGUCGACGGAACACGAGAAGAACAGAACUGUCGCACGUCGACACGAGGCAGACGUAGAAGCUGUUCUAUAUUUGUACGUGUUUUUUUAUUUAGCUUCAUGACGGUCGUGCCAUUCCUUAACUCACCUCCCUGCGUUCCGUGCUGUAUUUCGUUGCCCUUAAACCUCAUUGGUUGGUUGACUCUCCCAACAUGUCGUCUGGUCGACCUCGUCUGGCGAAGUGAAUCUCAUUGGCUGUGAUAUGAAAGUGAGGUUUUAUAUAAGUUUGUGAUUUUCAUGUCAACAUUUUUGCUUCAGAUUUAAGAAUUCUUAAUGUGUUAAAAUGUCAAUCAUUUACUGCGUACGCGUGAUAAAUAUUUGGUCUGGUAGCUCUUGGCUUACAAAAGGCAAAGUACUUAAAAGUACACAAACAAACACGACAAACGUGUGCAUCAUCAUGUACAGAUGGCAGUAGUACAACAGAAUAUUCAAAACAUUAGCAGCGCUGACGAUGGACAGGUAUGACAUCAAUAAUAAAACUGCAGUAAAAAGCUACAGGUAAUACAGUUAAAGUACAACUACACAGAGUAUCUGACGUUUUUAUAAUCCUGCCAGCUGCGUCAUGUCAGUGUCGCCCUACAGUAUAUAAUACACUACUUAGCAUUUUAGCAUACAGGGUUAGCUUAGCAUGGCUGUCCAAAACUGUUACAUCUUCUUGUCUAACAGAACAUUAAAGUGUUAGCCUGAGCGCUAGUCCGAAGUAUUUUACUGCUCCGUGUAUAAAAAAAAACAACCGAUGUAAAUACUCUUACUGUUUGGAUGUUUAUGAAUAAAGAUAUUUUUGGAACAGUGAAGCUCGA